CAGUCCAAGUGAUCACAAAAGAAAUCUUCUGAGCCGGAGGCGGUGGCAUUUUUAAAAAGCAAGCACAUUGGAGAGACAGGAAAAAGAAAAACAAAAGCAAAACAAAACCCAGGUCCAGCCAGCCAGCACCUUUUUUUUUCCCCCCACCCUUUCUGAAAACAAACAAACAAACAAACAACCAUCAAAACAGUCAUCACCAACAUCCAAACUGUUAACAUAGCGGCGGCGGCGACACACGUCACCCUGCGGCCACGGCGUCCGCCUAAAGGGAUGAUUUUCUCGGCAGAGCAGCUCUUCGCCGACCACCGUCUUCACUCGUGCUGAGCGGGAUUUUUGGGGUCUCCGGGAUUCGGGCUGGGAGCAGCUUCAUGACUACGCGGAGCAGGAGAGCGGCCACACCAUGCGAGCACAAAUUGAAGUGAUACCAUGCAAAAUUUGUGGCGAUAAGUCCUCUGGGAUCCACUACGGAGUCAUCACGUGUGAAGGCUGCAAGGGGUUCUUUAGGAGGAGCCAGCAGAACAAUGCCUCUUAUUCCUGCCCAAGGCAGAGAAACUGUUUAAUUGACAGAACCAACAGAAACCGUUGCCAACACUGCCGACUGCAGAAGUGUCUUGCCCUAGGAAUGUCAAGAGAUGCUGUGAAGUUCGGAAGGAUGUCUAAGAAGCAGAGGGACAGCCUAUAUGCCGAGGUGCAGAAGCACCAGCAGCGGCUGCAGGAACAGCGGCAGCAGCAGAGCGGGGAGGCAGAAGCCCUUGCCAGGGUGUAUAGCAGCAGCAUCAGCAACGGCCUGAGUACCCUGAACACCGAGACCGGCGGCACUUACGCCAACGGGCACGUCAUUGACCUGCCCAAGUCUGAGGGGUAUUACAACGUAGAUUCCGGCCAGCCGUCCCCUGAUCAGUCAGGACUUGACAUGACUGGCAUCAAACAGAUAAAGCAAGAACCUAUCUAUGACCUCACGUCCGUACCCAACCUGUUUACCUAUAGCUCCUUCAACAACGGGCAGUUAGCACCAGGGAUAACAAUGACUGAGAUCGAUCGAAUUGCACAGAACAUCAUUAAGUCGCAUUUGGAGACAUGUCAGUACACCAUGGAAGAGCUGCACCAACUGGCCUGGCAGACCCACACCUACGAAGAAAUUAAAGCGUAUCAGAGCAAGUCCAGGGAAGCAUUGUGGCAGCAAUGUGCCAUCCAGAUCACUCACGCCAUCCAAUACGUGGUGGAGUUUGCAAAGCGAAUAACAGGCUUCAUGGAGCUCUGUCAAAAUGAUCAAAUUCUACUUCUGAAGUCAGGUUGCUUGGAAGUGGUUUUAGUGAGAAUGUGCCGUGCCUUCAACCCAUUAAACAACACUGUUCUGUUUGAAGGAAAAUAUGGAGGAAUGCAAAUGUUCAAAGCCUUAGGUUCUGAUGACCUAGUGAAUGAAGCAUUUGACUUUGCAAAGAAUUUGUGUUCCUUACAGCUGACUGAAGAGGAGAUUGCUUUGUUUUCAUCUGCUGUUCUGAUAUCUCCAGACCGAGCCUGGCUGAUAGAACCAAGGAAGGUCCAGAAGCUUCAGGAAAAAAUUUAUUUUGCACUUCAACAUGUGAUUCAGAAGAAUCACCUGGAUGAUGAGACAUUGGCAAAGUUAAUAGCCAAGAUACCAACCAUCACAGCAGUUUGCAACUUGCACGGGGAGAAGCUGCAGGUAUUUAAGCAAUCUCAUCCAGACAUAGUGAAUACACUGUUUCCUCCGUUAUACAAGGAGCUCUUUAAUCCUGACUGUGCCACCGUCUGCAAAUGAAGGGGACAAGAGAACUGUCUCAUAGUCAUGGAAUGCACACCAUUAAGACAAAAGCAAUGUGUUCAUGAAGACUUAAGAGAAAUGUCACUACAACAUUAGGAAUGUCCUGCACUUAAUAGAAUUAUUUUUCACCGCUACAGUUUGAAGAAUGUAAAUACGCACCUGAGUGGGGCUCUUUUAUUUGUUUGUUUGUUUUUGAAAUGACCAUAAAUAUACAAAUAUAGGACA